GCGGAGAGGAGGGGACAGUGUGUAGGCAAGAGCGCAAAGGACGAAUCCACACACAGCUGCCAGCGCCAAAGAGCUUCCGACUUCGCGCGGAGUCCACGCUGAUUCCUUCGCUCUUGUCGCGGCUUCGUGUUGUUUUUUUAUCCCUCCGCGUUACAGAGAGCGAGAGAGAGAGAGAGAGCGAGAGAGAGAGAGAGAGAGAGAGAGCGAGAGAGAAGAGGAAACUGUCGAAGAGCUGAAGUGCUGCUCUUCACUGACGGAUGUUACUGCACCGCUUUACUGGAGCAUCACGGUCCGGACUAACAGCCUACGAGCCACUUUUAACUCUUUUGCUCGCCUGGAAACCUGAACGCUUUCAUUCUUGGCACUGCUGACAAAAAAAAAUCAAGUGUUUUUUUUUCAGCUGAAUAUUAGUCUAUUAUUAUUAUUAUUAUUAUUAUUACUAUUAUUAUCGUAAUCAUUAUUCUUAUUGUUGUUUGUUUACCUGGACGAAGCUGCACAGUGUAGUCUUGUCUCCUUUUUUAUUCCUUUUUUUCUUUUUUCUUUUUUUAUAUUUUCCUUUUCUGGUAAUCGGGCACUCGCGCGACUCCAGCGCCCGUUUCCUCCCAUUACACAUUUAAAUAUUUUGCUUUUUUAUUUUUUUUUUAUUUUUCCAUUUUUUUCUUUGUGGAUGCCCCGAUGAGAGACCCGCUGCUCGCGGGCACCGCCAUGGCGUACCCUCCUCCGUUCCCCGCGCACCGGCCCGCAGACUUCCCCGUGUCCGCCUUCCUGGCCGCGGCGCAGCCCUCCUUCUUCCCCGCGCUCGCGCUGCCGCCGGCGCUCGCCAAGCCUCUGGCCGAGCCCGCGCUGUCCGGCGCCGCGGAGGCCGCCUUCCACCCCGGGCUGCACGGCCACCACCACCACCACCACCACGGCCACCACCAGCACCAGCAGCACCUCCGCUCCCUCAAGAGCCUCGAGCCCGAGGAGGACGUGGAGGACGACCCUAAAGUCAACCUGGAGGCCAAGGAGCUCUGGGACCAGUUCCACAAGCUGGGCACGGAGAUGGUCAUCACCAAGUCGGGCAGGAGGAUGUUCCCCCCUUACAAAGUGCGCGUGAACGGCCUGGACAAGAAGGCCAAGUAUAUCCUGCUGAUGGACAUCGUGGCCGCCGACGACUGCAGAUACAAGUUCCACAACUCGCGCUGGAUGGUGGCCGGCAAGGCUGACCCCGAGAUGCCCAAGCGCAUGUACAUCCACCCGGACAGCCCGGCCACAGGGGAGCAGUGGAUGGCCAAGCCCGUCACCUUCCACAAGCUCAAACUGACCAACAACAUCUCGGACAAGCACGGCUUUACCAUCCUGAACUCUAUGCACAAAUACCAGCCCAGGUUUCAUAUCGUGAGAGCCAAUGACAUCCUGAAACUCCCCUACAGCACUUUCAGGACAUACGUGUUCCCAGAGACUGACUUCAUAGCAGUUACUGCAUAUCAGAAUGACAAGAUCACACAGCUGAAAAUUGACCACAACCCCUUUGCCAAAGGAUUCAGAGACACGGGGAACGGCAGAAGAGAAAAAAGGAAGCAGUUAACCCUUCCGUCACUGCGCCUUUACGACGAGCAGAGCAAAGCAGACCGGGACGGGGCAGAGUCGGACACUUCAUCCUGCGAGCAAAACGCCGGGACUGAGUCCCUCCACUCUCCUCUAGAGGCAGUUACAAGCCCCCUCAAGUUCAACCGGACCAGCCGAGAUGAGAAAAACUGCCCCGAGAGUGACCAAGAACUUGACCAGCAGGAGGAAAGGUCCAUGGGAGUGAGCAGCCCAGGUCCUCAGCCGGUGUCUCCUUUCAAGGCGAGCAGUGAGGAAAGGGUCAAAGAUAGGCCAAGCCUGGACAAGAAGGUGGACUGCGUGGACGCCAAGCAAGACAGCGAGCCUGCUUUCACCGUUAGGAGCCUGGAGAAAGACAAGUCGGACAGCAGGAAUCACAAAGAACCAGAAUCCUCCAAGAAGGAUGCAGAGAGCGCGGGCCUGAGCAGGACCAAAGAGGGCUUUUCUCCACUGGUGAUCCAGACGGAGAGCCCAUCGCACUUUAGCGCAGGUCAUUUGCAAAGCCUGGCCCUGUCCGGUUUACACAGCCAGCACUUCUUUAACCCUCUGACCACAGGGCAACCACUGUUAUUUCACCCGAGCCAAUUUGCCAUGACCCCUGGAGCUUUCUCCACCCUGGGCAUGGGACACUUGUUGGCGUCCAUGUCAGGGGCCGGUGGACUGGAGAACGGAGGCCUGUCGCCUCAAGGCGCAGGCACAGCCAGCUCUUUCCCAUUCCACUUAUCACAACACAUGCUUGCAUCUCAGGGUAUUUCCAUGCCACCCUUUGGGGGUCUGCUACCAUAUCCAUACACCUACAUGGCAGCUGCCGCAGCAGCAGCGGCAGCCUCGUCUCUCCCGGCCAGCGGCGUGGCCUCCCCCCUUAGCAGGAACCCCUUCCUGACCAGUGCCCGACAGCGACUGCGGUUCAACCCUUAUCAGAUCCCCCAGAGCUCCAGUCUGCUCACCACCGGACUCCCAAGCGCUCCCAAUGGAGAAUCUGGGUCUUCGAAAUCCGGCAGCAGGGAGAGCAGUCCGGCAGCCGAGCCCCACGGCCACAGGGCCAGCAGCAGCCAGCGGCCAGCAUCCCCCAAAACGUCCACAAAAGACUCCAUAAAUGAGCUGCAGAAUAUACAAAGACUGGUCAGUGGACUGGAAAAACAGAGGGACAUGUCCCCAGGCAGAGAGUCCCCCAAGUGACCAAUCAGGACGCACUGAAAAUCCACUUCUGUGCAAAUGAGCACGACAUGGUGUUUGAGUGCAAAUCACACACACAAAAAAAUAUAUAUUAGAUGUGUUUCUUAAGAAGCUGAGAAAAACAGGCUUACUGUGGAGAACCUGGAGAGAACGUCCAUCAAACCGCUCCCUUUCUGAAAGACCUGGACGAGGCUCAAAUAAGGCUUAACCUAGUUCUACUCAGCAAGAAUGGAAAGAGGACAAAAAAUCAAUCAAAGGAGUUUUUCUUCAUUAAAACAUGAUCUGACCCCGGACUGGCCACAACACUACAUUAAAAGGGGGCCACAACGCUCCCAUGAAACCAAACCAAGAGCCUACAGUGGAUCCACAUUACAUUGCUUGUCUGGGACCUGUUUUUAUUUGGAAUUAUUUAUAUAUAAUAUUAAAAAAAAACAAACCUGACAAAACCUUCAAAAUAACUAUGUAAAUACGCUGAAUGGAUCUAAGGAGAUGCGUCUUAAUUUAUUCAACCUGUACAUUGGUGUGUAAAUACUAUUUAGGUUUCAAUUUGUUACCUUUAUAUAUUUUUUCCCAUUUACAUGACUGUAUAUGAAUACUAUCUAGCGCUUGUUCGUAUGAAAAUGAAUGUGUUUCGAUGUUUUUUUUGGUUUGUGAUGCUGUUUGGAAGCCAGGAGGAGGGUGAAGGAAAGGGCGUGCCACCACAAAAAAUCGCAAAAUCUCGCUUUUCUGCUCCAUUUCGUUCGUGUGCGGCGCUGCGGCGGCGCACUGAGCGCUGCGCUCCAGGCAGAAAAUCUCAGGUUUCUUUUUUCACUUUUAUUGUUAUCAGUCUCGGAGGGAACGAGUUCACAGCAGCUUCCCGGCUGCUUCGCCUCCCUCGCCGAGCUGGAUAUUCGGGUAAAACUCAAAUUUAAAACACAGCGGGGUUUUUGUUGCGUUCUCUACAUUUCAAUAAACGAAGGAAGCGUUGCACAGUC